GGAUGCACAAGAAUUUGUUCUCCCAUCCAAACUCUCUCUCUCUCUCUCCUCCCAUUAUUUUAUGUACAUGUUGCACCUCCUCCUCCUACUGGUUGGAAGAAGCUCUCAAACCCCCUCUCCUCCUCCUCUCCCUUUCUCAUCUCCUCCUCUUCAUAGCUUGCCGUCCUCUCUUCUCCUCCCCUCCCGGCCAUCGCCUUAUCACACACUAGUACAUCAGUACAUGAGCUAGAGAGAAGCAUGGCAGGCCUCGACCUUGGCACCGCCGCGACGCGCUACGUGCACCAGUUCCACCACCUCCACCCGGACCUCCAGCUGCAGCAGAACAGCUACGCCAAGCAGCAGCACGAGCCCGCCGACGACGACCACAACGGCAACGGCAACGGCGGCAACUACGGAGCCCAGUACGGCGAGAACAACGACGGCGGCUCCUCCUCCUCCGGCCCCGCCGGUGAUGGCGCGGGUGGCGGCGGCGGGGGCGGGCCUGGGGACAUGGUGGCGCGCCGGCCACGGGGGCGCCCCCCGGGCUCGAAGAACAAGCCCAAGCCGCCGGUGAUCAUCACGCGGGAGAGCGCCAACACGCUGCGCGCCCACAUCCUGGAGGUCGGGAGCGGCUGCGACGUGUUUGAGUGCAUCUCCACGUACGCGUGCCGGCGGCAGCGCGGCGUGUGCGUGCUGAGCGGCAGCGGCAUCGUGACCAACGUGACGCUGCGGCAGCCGUCGGCCCCCGCGGGCGCCGUCGUGACCCUGCACGGCAGGUUCGAGAUCCUGUCGCUCUCGGGCUCCUUCCUGCCCCCGCCGGCUCCCCCUGGAGCCACCAGCCUCACCAUAUUCCUCGCCGGGGGGCAGGGGCAGGUCGUCGGCGGCAACGUCGUGGGCGCGCUCUACGCCGCGGGCCCGGUCAUCGUCAUCGCGGCGUCCUUCGCUAACGUCGCCUACGAGCGCCUCCCGCUGGAGGACGAGGAGGCGCCGCCUGCAACGGCAGGCAUGCAGAUGCAGCAGCCCGGCGACGCCGACGCCGCGGCCGCCAUGGGCGGCGUCCCGUUCCCUCCCGACCCGUCGGCUGCCGGCCUGCCCUUCUUCAACCAGCUGCCUCUCAACAACAUGACCGGCGGUCCCGGCUCGCAGCUCCCUCCCGGUGCCGACGGCCACGGCUGGGCCGGCGGACGGCCACAGUUCUGAAUUCUCACAGGUGCUUGGGAGAUCGGUGUAAUUGCUGUCGGCGGAGAGAAGGCGAGAUCACGAUGAGCAACCACAAGGUUUCAGGGCAGUUUGCAAAAAGGUUAGAGCACGCACACACGAACGAUCCAAGGAAACAAUCUAUCGUCUACUGCACUAUUUCUAUCUCUGUACAAUUUCGUAGUGUUUUGUCGAUCUCUGAUCAUGUUGUCCUCCUUGUUCUUUUUCUUCUUCUUCUUCUUCUUCUUCUUCUUCUUCUUCUAUUUUCUUUUCUUGUCUCUCCUGAACCUUAAUCUGUGGCCUGUGUAACCUUCUCGAUCUUGAUUUUCAAUAUGGCUCUUUAAAUAAUUAUCCCUCAAUUUGUCCGAGCA